GAUCGGAUGAGAUUUUGGAAUUCUCAUUAUCUUCGAACUUUUUCUUAUGUUUAGGAGAACUUGGGCGGAGCUUUGCGCAAUUGACUGCCGCAAUGCCUGACUUCACGGAUGCACUUAAGCCUGCCUACGAUGGUGCGGCUACGCUUGUGGAGGAGCGUAAUGGGUCUAAGAUAGACGUGGAUGAGCUUUCGAAGCAUUUACUGUCCAGAGAUGGCUUCCUGGAGAGGCAAAAGAGAAUCUGUGAGGUGCUGGAGAGUGAGAAACUAUUCGACAAGAGCCAGCAGAUGAAUCUUUCGAGACCGGACCGGUACCAUCUUGGCCUCGCAAGAGCAAAAGCAAUACGCAGACUUGUCCACAAACAUAACUGGGGCCAUGAAGACGCUAAGAUGGCAGAAUAUCUCACGGAUGAGAUGUCGCCGUUCCAUUUACAUUUAACCAUGUUUGUAACGACCAUCAGAGAGCAGGCGAGUGACGAGCAAAGGGCCUAUUGGAUGCCCAAGAUCAUGGGUUGGAGUAUCUUAGGCUGCUACGCGCAAUCUGAGCUUGGUCACGGGAGCAAUGUCCGGGGGUUGGAGACCACCGCUACAUGGAAUCCGGAGACAAAGGAGUUUGAGAUUCAUAGUCCGACUCUCACAGCGUCGAAAUGGUGGAACGGUUCAAUGGGUCGGACAGCAACACACGCUAUAGUAGUCGCCCAAAUCCUCGUCCCCUCGCCCAGCUUUCCAACCACACUCAAAUCCCACGGUCCCCACCCCUUCAUCGUGCAAAUCCGUGAUACGAAAACCCACCUACCUCUUCCCGGCAUCGUCGUUGGCGACAUCGGCCCCAAGUACGGCUACGCCUCCAUGGACAACGGCUACAUGCUCUUCGACCACUUCCACGUCCCCAAAACCGCAAUGCUAAGCCGCUACGCCACUCUAGACGACACCACCGGCACCUUCACGAAACGCGGCCACCCCGGCCUCGUGUACGGCUCUCUUACCUUCGUCCGCGCGAACAUCAUCAUGAACGCGCGGCUCGUACUCGCCCGCGCCGUUACAGUGGCGGUGAGGUAUUCGUGCGUGCGGCGGCAGUUUCGAGAUCGCGAUGAAAAGGGCGAGGGGCCGGAGAUGAAGGUGUUGGAUUAUCCGACCGUGCAAGUUCGGAUUCUACCGCUGCUAGCGACGACCUUUGCGCUGCAUUACACGGGGGAGAUGAUGUUUGAGCUGUAUGGGAGUACGAGGGAGAGUAUUGAGAAGGGUGAUUUCAGUACGAUUGCGGAGUUGCAUAGUGCGAGUUCGGGGUUGAAAAGUUUGUGUACGACUUUGGCGGCGGAUGGGAUCGAAACAUGUCGGAGAGCAAUGGGUGGACAUGGCUUCGGAGGUGGAAGUGGACUAGUAGGCAUCAAUGCGGACUACCUCUCCAAACCAACCGUCGAAGGCGACAACUGGAUGAUUACGCAGCAAGUCGCCGCCUACUUGACCAAGAAAAUGACAAUCGCGGUCGAGAAACCAGACUCUCCUCCCGCAGAUUCCGUUGAUGAGCUCUUCCAAAUGUAUCUUCGAGAACGAGAUCACCGCAUACCGCAGAACGCCAUUCACGGUACUCAAAUCGACGAUAAAGCAGUCGUCGAAAUAUUCCAAUGGCGGGCAGCAGAUCUCACCUACCGCGCCUACCACGCCCGCGUCGUAGAGAAGAAGCCAUGGAAUUCUCUCCUCAUUCAACUACACGAACUCAGUCGAGUCUACUCCGAACAAAUCCUCACCACGACCUUCCACCGCGCUCUCACUUCGUCUUCUUCAUCUUCUCUUAGCUCACCUACCCCCUCCGUCCUCCGCACUUGCUUCCGCCUCUACACGCUUUACACCCUCUCCAACUCCCCCCUUCCCUUCUUGACUUCCCUCGCCAUCUCCCAAUCCACUUUAGAUCUUCUCCCAGACACUAUACUGUCACUAUUGGCAGAGCUGCGACCACAUGCCGUCAAGCUCGUCGAUGCGUGGGCGAUCCCGGGGUAUCUUCUCGACAGCGCGCUAGGACGGUAUGAUGGGCGGGUGUACGAGGAUCUGUAUGACCGUGCGCAUAGGAAGAAUGAUGCGAUGAAUAAGACCAUUUUCAACGUGGACUGGAGGAGUGACGAGGUGGUGCUGGGCAGUGGGGACCGCGGGAGGGGUAUAUUGGCGAAGCUUUGAGAUGCGUGUUCUUAGGAAGGUAGAACAUAGAGAGAGAAGAAUUGAAACCCUGAUCUCAAUGAGGUCAAGUGGAUUUGGCUUGGCCACGAGGGUACAGCGAUAAAUUAGAAGCCUAUGUACACGCGCUCGCUAUUGCUUGAGGCACUUCCACAUGUUCGCAGAAAACUAGGCGC